ACCGUUAUCAGUGGCGGCAAUAACAAGCGAGGCUCUAAUUCACUUCCAGUAUAAAGAAGAUCAGUGCAGUUGCAUUACCGGGUCCGUCCAUUUGUCCACGUGUGUGUGUGCGUGUGCUGGUGAUUAUGCACUAGAUCGAUUUCAUACAAAGUGUGAGGUAAACACUAAAUCUAUCAACACAUUUCCGACCGCAACGAUGACGGGAACAGCUGCCGUCCAACUAACAAUAACGAUUCCCACCAAGGCAGAGGAGGAGCGCCUAAAAAAGGUCUAUGUCCAAGUGGUCAAUGGAGAGGUAGCUACACCCACCGGAACUACUAGCAGAUCAUUAACCAUCGACAGUCUUUCCACCAUUCGGAUCGGGGAAUCCCCUGAGAGAAAAAGUCACAAUACUCAGAAUGCAUUGCCGAAAAUCCAAAUUCAGUCGUCCCACGAUAAUCUUCUCGACAUCCCACUGGAUACGGAUCAAGAGCAGGUUCUGCGCCAGAUCCUACAAAAAUUUCACAUUCCAAACGCCGUUUGGAUGCCCAGUCUGAAUGGGAAUGCCUAUCACAUAAGCUUCUCCAUGGACUUUGACGAGCGAUAUGAGAAUCUAUACGAGGCUCUGCAAGAAUGGGGCAUCGGAGAUCGCGAGGGAUCUGCGGUGUCCGUUGUCGGCUGCUUGGCUCACAGAUCCUAUGUACAACGGGAGAAUUCUGAGGAGCAGGAUGACCAGCCCUCAAGCACUGAAAACAUGAAUGCUCAGAAACAAGGUAUUUGGAACCGGUUCAUGAACUCUGUGAGGUCCCGAUUGAAUGUGGCCCAGAUCAUAAGAGAUGUUCGCCAGGAUGCAGCCAUUACCUUCGACUUUUGUAUACUACUCGUAUCAGCAGCAGUUCUGGCGAGCUUUGGCCUGGUGGAAAAUAGCACAAUAUUUCUGGCUUCCAGCAUGUUGAUUUCUCCACUGAUGGGCCCAAUAAUUGCGGCCAUCUUCGGAACUGUUAUCCAGGACAGAUCGCUACGCAGACUGGGAAUGCUUAACGAACUAAUCGGCAUUUUGACCGCCACUCUCGUGGGCUUCCUCUUUGGACUGGUCAUAUGUACGACGGAUAAAAAAUACGGAAUCGGAGAAGGACUUACAGAAGAAAUGCUUUCACGAUGUGAUCUACACUCGCUAGUGGUUGGUGUUUUCACGGCAAUCCCAUCUGGAGCUGCGGCUGCUAUAGGAAUCCUGGGUGGCAACAUCGGAUCCCUGGUGGGCGUGGCCAUAUCCGCAUCUUUGCUGCCCCCUGCGGUUAACUCAGGGCUCCUCUGGGCCGUUGCCUGCAUCUACAAGUUCUUCGAGCAUGACGACUCACUCUACGUGGAUGUUAUCAAGUCUCGACGCUACUCGGACAAUCAGGCCAAGGAACUGGCCGUGCUGGGGGCCAUCAGCAUGUGCCUAACAUUGUCAAACGUGCUUUGUGUCUACCUCAUGGGCAUUCUAGUGCUAAAGAUCAAGGAAAUCGCCCCUGUGAUCGGCCGCAAGAACAGACAGUUCUGGAAGCACGACAUAAAGUUAGCGCGUCAUGGAAAAGUCGAGACAGAGUCUGAGAUUCUGAAUGAGCUAAUGGCCAACUUGGCCAACGAGGAUCAGCAAGCGCUGGACUCUCUUAAUCGUCAGUUCCUGCGGCACUUGGACGAGUCGCACUACCAGCACACUUGGUCGCCGCUCAGCAACCGACACAGUUUCUCAAUGCAUCCUCCGGGUGCAGGUAUCUCAACCAUUCACCGUCUGGAGCAGCUGUAUGCAUCGAGAAUAGGCGGCGGUCAACCUCCAGUAGAAAGAAGACAGCGCCACAGUGUUGUCAGCAGGCCAUCACAAAGGAGCCACGAAGUCUCCAUUCAGUUGAGUCCACCACAAGUGCGCCCUCGAUUUGCCAGCAUGCCCUCACAAGUGGGAAAAGUUGAGCCAACAACGGAGUCAGCUAUCCAAGUGGCCAAAUCUAAGAGAUUCACAGUCACUCCAGCUCGCGUCGACGAGCAACUACCAUAGAAUACUGUUAAGUCCAUUCGGGUUUUCACUUUCACAAAUUUCGUAUAAAUCUUAAUAUUAUUAGUGUCAAUUAUAAG